CUCAGAUUCAAGACACACCGGUUCGGUAAUAAACUUCGAGCACAGAAGCCCCCUUCCAGCUUCAGCUCGUAAAGAUUGCAACUUUAUUACAUAAAAUUUAGUUCUAGAAGAUGAUUGGGAACUCUAUAAUGUCCUCAUCAUCAAUGAUUGUUUCCCCUCGAGUUUCUCCCAAUGGGCUUCCUUAUCUCCCACAAAAACCUAGAACCAGGCGUUGUUUAGUGACCAGAUCAAGUUCCAGUCAACCAGAAGGGAAGAAGAGUCCUCUCACGGUUGUGUUGGAUGUACCUAAGAAUAUAUGGAGACAGACUUUGAAACCUCUUAGUGAUUUUGGGUUUGGUAAGAGAAGUGUUUGGGAAGGUGGGGUUGGUUUGUUUCUCGUCUCUGGAGCUACACUUCUUGCUCUUAGCUGGGCUUGGUUACGAGGGUUUCAAAUGCGUGCCAAGUUCAGGAAGUAUCAGACUGUCUUUGAGCUUAGUCAAGCCUCUGGUAUUUGCACGGGGACACCGGUUAGGAUCCGUGGUGUGACCGUUGGGACUGUUAUCCGUGUGAAUCCUUCUUUGAAGAACAUUGAAGCUGUUGCUGAGAUUGAAGAUGAUAAGAUUAUUAUCCCUAGGAAUUCACUGGUUGAGGUGAAUCAGUCUGGUCUACUAAUGGAGACUAUGAUCGAUAUUACGCCGAAAAAUCCGAUACCGGAACCUUCUGUAGGGCCGUUGCAUCAGGAGUGUGGGAGAGAAGGUUUGAUUGUUUGUGAUAGGGAGAAAAUAAAGGGAGAGCAAGGAGUGAGUUUAGAUGAAUUAGUUGGGAUAUUCACUCGUAUGGGGCGUGAUGUAGAGGAGAUUGGUGUUGCCAAUGCGUUUUCUCUUGCUGAGAGAGCUGUUUCAGUUAUUGAAGAUGCAAAACCGUUACUCAAAAAGAUUCAAGCCAUGGCUGAAGAUGCUCAACCUUUGCUGUCUGAGUUUCGUGAUAGCGGCUUGCUCAAGGAAGUUGAGGGUCUAACUCGAAGCCUCACCCAAGCUUCUGAUGAUAUGAGAAAGGUUCAUUCGACGAUAAUGACACCUGAAAAUACAGAACUAAUACAGAAGUCAAUCUACACUCUGGUUUACACUUUGAAGAACGUCGAGAGUAUAAGCUCAGAUAUUCUAGGAUUCACAGGAGAUGAAGCCACAAGAAAAAACCUUAAACUACUCAUCAAAUCACUCAGUAGACUAUUAUGAUCAUCAUGGGUCCCAAGGAAGGAGAAGACGUCUCACUUAAUAAUUUCGAGGUGUUUAUUAUUAUAUUAUUUUAAAUUUCAAAAAAGAUAGACGAGGGUGUUUUUAGUCAUUACAUGUGGACAAUUUGGUCUUUUUAAGCGAUUAAUUUAAUAUAAUAAUGGUCGGGGUCAGGACAGAAGGCAAGUGCUUACCCUCUUUUUCUUUCUUCGCAUUUCGAGACAUAUCUCUUGUGAACGAACCCUUUUAAA